AUGAACUGUCCUCCCACAAGGGAAGCGUGGGUGGAGCCGAGUAGUAAUACCCCCCCGCUGCGCCAGCGAGUGCUCACAGCGCUUCAUGACACGCAUCCUGGAAUUGUGUGCAUGAAGGCACUAGCGAGAAGCUAUGUAUGGUGGCUGGGAUUAGACGGGGAAAUCGAGGCCCCGGUGAAGCGCUGCCAGAUGUGCCAAGAGUCCCGGCCAGAACCACUCAGAGCUCCAGUGCGGCCUUGGGAAUUGUCCCACAAACCUUGGGCCGGGCUUCACCUGGACUUCGCAGGCCUCCAGGGACAGAUCUUUUUUAUCCUAGUGGAUGCCUACUCCAAGUGGCUGGAGGAGGUACCCGUGCCAUCCACCUCAUCGAGGUCUGCCAUCAGGGCAAUGUGGUGGAUCUUCAGCACACACGGCAUCCCAGACUCUCUGGUAACAGACAACGGGACAGCUUUUACUUCAGCAGAGUUCCAGGAGUUCAUGGAGUACUACGGAAUCCAGCACAUCCGCUCCACGCCAUUCCACCCUGCAACCAACGGCCAGGCAGAGAGGAUGGUGCACAUUGAGGGCGUACUUUUCUUUAUACUGGUAGACUCUUACAGCAAGUGGCUGGAGGUAGUCCCAGUAACCUCCACGUCAUUGAAGGCAGCCAUCCGGGCAAUGUGGCGGAUCUUCAGCGCCCAGGGAAUACCCGACACGCUGGGCACGGACAACGGAACAGCUUUUACCUCAAGUGAGUUCCAGGACUUCACGAGAUAUUACGGUAUCCGCCACGUCCGGUCGGCCCCGUUUCAUCCCAUGAACAAUGGCCAGCCGGAACGCAUGGUCCGCACAACGAAGGAUGCUCUCCGCCGCCUGGACUCCUCAGAUUGGGACUACAAACUGGCGGCUUUCCUGUUCGGCCAGCGCACUACACCCCACACCACUACGGGGCGCAGUCUGGCUGAGCUACUUCUUGACCACCGCCUGAUGACCCAGGUUGACCAUCUGCACCCCGAUCAAGCCCCGGCAGAGGCACCAGCCACGGAGGACCACGAGGCACCCAGGGGAUUCUUCCCGGAGGAUCCUGUGUACGCCAGAAACUACGAGCCUGGAUUCCAGCUCGGGUGGUGCGUGUUAAAGGUCCCAGAUCGUAUGAGGUAUCAUGUAAAGACGGGCAGAUACUACACCAGCACAUCGACCAGUUGCGGCGAUGGACGAUACCACCAGAACCCGAGGACUUGGAUCUCGCGGACGCCACAGAUGCCUCAGCCCUUCCACAACCACCCGCCGCAGAUCACAGGUUUCUCCCCCUGA